GAAAGUAAUAGUUGUAAUUGGAUGUAUAAGAAGACUGUUAUAUAUACCAUGUCACUUGGCAAGAGAAUAACGAUGAGUCCGACUGAUGCAGCAAUAUGUCUCGUGGUCAUGUUUCAGCUUCUUGCGAUGUUGACCACGGCGGUCGCGUUGAAUCCAACGGGGGAAGCAUGUGAUGUGUGUGAAUGCAAGGGACCCGUAGUCAUCUGCACGGGAAGAAAUCUUACGGAACUACCCAAAGGUAUCCCCAAUGGGACGAAAGCACUUGAACUUGGAGAGAAUUUCUUGCGGGAGAUACCUUACGACGGUUUGCUGGAAUUGAGAUCCCUCGUCAGAAUAAAUAUAGCCAACAACUUGAUCGAAACACCGUUUGAAUUGCCGGAAUCUGUCAGGAAUAUUAUUGCACAUGGGAAUCAACUUCAAGACAUCAAGCCCAUACUGAGGAACUGUGUGAAAAUGAUAGUAGCGGAUUUUGGGAACAACAGUCUGCAAAUCAUCAAAACAGAUACGUUCAAGAAUUGUACUAAACUAGCAUGGCUACUCUUGGAAGAAGACAGAAUAACGGAAAUACAACCAAGAGGGUUUACGGGGCUGCGAACCCUUAACACGUUUAGGAUGACUAAAUGUGACUUGAACGUGUUACGGCCACAUACCUUUGGGAGCACUUCACCUUUAGUGUCGUAUUUCACUAUUGAAGAGUGUAACUUGGAGGAAAUUCAACCUGAUGUGUUUAUAGAUCCAACUACAGAGAAUAUUUUUUACAAAAGCAUGGCCCGUCUUUAUUUGUCUCAAAACAAAGUACGGCAGAUCUCUUCGGGUGCGUUCCAUGGAGUGAACGAAAUCAAUGACCUUCGACUUUCCCAGAACGAAAUCGUUUCUGCUGGUCUGCCAGAGGAUGUGUUUCGCAACAUAACAAUAAAUCAUCUGGAUUUGUCGUCCAAUCGACUGACUUACAUUCCAACUGGACUUUUCAAGUCGCAGACUGCUCUCCGAUUUCUCUACUUACAGCGGAACCAAAUCAGUGUCCUAAAUGAUAAGGUGUUUGCGGGGCUUCACUCGCUGAGAGAACUUAUGAUAUUUGACAACCCAAUCACUGAAUUAGCGGACUGGCUGUUUUACGCGACCAACCUAACAAACCUGUACAUAUUCCAGACUGAACUUUCGUCGAUAGGGGAGCGGCCGUUCGCGACCGUGAACCACACUCUCCAACAUGUAUCAAUUUACGGCAGUCCCUUGAGGAAAAUUUCCGAUGCUGUCUGGCAAGAUCUCGGUCAAUACUCUAACGUAAUAAUUGAAAACACAUUGGAGGUCGUACCAUUCACAAACAGAACUGACCUCAAAAUACAACAGGUUGGUGACGGAUUUGCACAAAGAAUAAAUGUGUCUGAAGAAGAGGCGAAGCUAUUGAGCAUUUCGGGGUUUAGGUGUGGCAUGUCCAAGGACAACAGCUGGCAUUGCACGCCAUGCCCACAAGGCACAUACGGAACCUAUUGGAGGUGUGCUGCAUGCCCGCCAGGCGGAUUUUACCAAAUCAAGACGGGGCAAGUGGCUGACCGUUCUCAAGGUAUCAACUGUCAGAGAUGCAACAAUGGCACCUACAUAACGCCUGAGGCGCACCCUGGAAUCAGUCCUGCGAAUUGCACGGUGUGUCCUACAGGUACCAAUAAGAACCUCUUCGCUGGCUUCCGAGCCUGUCCGUGUCUGGCCGGCUUCUACCGUACUGACCGGUUCGGUAAAUGCAAUCCGUGUCCAACCGAAGGAGUCAACUGCUCAGAGGAGUACCAACACCUCCUGUCUGGCUUCUGGUGGACCUGGGACUGGGGUUUAUCGGAUGACAACUACCUAUCCUACGAGCGAUUCGUCCAAAAUGUGCGGACUGAAGAUCUCAACUAUGACAACACAAGCAAGAGGUUUGGGGGUGUGUUACCCAAAGUGCAUAAAUGUCCUCGUAGUGAGUCAUGCGAGAAUGCUGUGCUGGGUGGUAUCAAUGCAACAUGCGAGGAAGGCUACACGGGUUGGCUUUGCUCCCAAUGCAGUCCGUACUAUUACCCUUGGUUCGAUCACUGCUUCGAGUGUCCCAAAUGGUGGUGGUUCCUGCUUGAAGUCAUUGCUGUAUGCGUGGCCAUUGCUCUGAUUGUCAUCAUCAUAGUUUGGCAAGUGCGCAAGGUCCGAAGAAACGGUCGGUCUGCCGUCAGCCUGCUGCUUGCUCGAGGGAAGAUCCUACUGGGUUUCUACCAGGUCAUGGGGGAGAUAUUCUCAGCGCUAAAUGAAGUUGCAUGGCCGAAUAUAUUAACAAGCGUUGGCUCUGUCUUUAGACUGUUGGAGGUGAACAUCAUGCGGUUGCUUAUCAGUCCUAGAUGCUAUGUCCCAAACUUCACUUAUCCUAGUAUUUACAUUGAGCUCUUGGUCGGCAUUAGUUUUGUGUUGUUCGUUCUGCUUGCCGCCUGGUGUUUUUACAGCUCCAAGAAGUGUUACCUGAAAGCAAAGAAAACACCGCGUGCGGAACGAAAAACUCUUCUAUCGCAGACCAAGCAGAUGUGUUACUUGUUUGUGGUGAUGCUGCUCUUUAUUUCCUAUCCAAGCCUAUCUAGUGUUAUCCUCACAUUAUUGCCCUCUGGGUGUGACCUCUUCUAUGUGGAUGAAAAGGACACCCUCAAUGUGACCAGACUUCGAGCCGAUUACUCGAUUGAUUGCCAAACGCAGCAGCAUGUUCAGUUCACCUACGCAGCUGAGGUCUUUCUCUUCUACGUUGUUGGGUUUCCCUUGAUGUUGUUUCUCCUCUUGUGGUGGAACGUCAGAAAACGGAAGAAGACCGGGGCUGUCGGUGGUAGACGGGAAAGUGAGGAUCAGCCUUUGCUCGAUGUUGCUAGUCAAUGUCGUUUGGAUGCCGGUCGUGUCGCCAGUUACAGAAACGAGUUGCCUGAUGAGACAGAUGAUGAACUCCUACACACGGAACCGCCAAGCCAGGCUGAAUUCAAUUGGGAGAGUUUCCUGUGCGAGAAUUACAAGCCAAGGUUCUGGUACUGGGAGAUUCUGGAGCUGGCCCGCAAGAUUGUCCAGACGCUGUUUGUGCUGCUGUACGGGCCCGACGAUCACUUCACCAUGUUCGCCACCAUCGUCAUAUCGGUGGGCUUUCUGCUCCUGCACGCUUACGUCAAACCCAUGAAGGAUGCUGCCGAGCAUCGUCUGCAGAUGUGCUCGCUUGGUACCAUCUUCCUGAACCUGUUGGCUGCGUCGCUGCUUCUGUUGCCGAGCGAGGAUGCUCAAUCCAGCCAGAAUAGAAAGGAAGUCCUUUCUGUUGUUCUUGUCCUGAUGAACCUCAGUAUCAUCGUUUUUGUCAUCGCUAGCUUGAUCUGGACCGGCGUGAAGGCUAUAUGGCGUCAUGGAUGCUUGCAUCACUUAGGAUCGUGCAUCGCUGUGGCGUGGGGCUGGUGUUGUGGACCUCGUCAUCGUGGGCUAGAGGUGAACAACAAUGCCUCCGAUCGCAGCAACGAACAAGAUUCAUGACAGUCAGCUUUGAAUACUAGACCUGAUUCAGUAUAAAAUCGACAAAAGAUACUUUUUAAGAGCAAAGACACACGGGAUUAUGUAAAAGAAGUGAUUGUUCAGCCGUUCCGGUAAGUGCUUCAAACAGUGGAGCAUGUUACUGUCAGCUCACUGUGAAAUGAACCUUCAUUAUUUUGAGCAAUUUCGUUAAAUUUUUAUUUUUUACAUAUUUAUGAUGCUGGAAAGGUUUAAAAUAAGACUAAAACAAUAAGGUAUACC